AAAAUUCGAACAGAAGGGAGGGCGUGUCCAAAACGUGGUCUCUGGACGAGACCUAUUUAACGCUACUAAAGGCGGGGUAGCGUAAGAAAGGAAGGAACGGGGCAGUCCAGUUGAAUCGCGGGAAGACAAGAGGCAAAGUGCCCAGAGUGCGCAUGCGCACCGAAAGUCAAUGACGCUCUGGAAAGACUGGCGGAAGCUAUCUUUGCAAUAUGGCGGCCGAAGCCGACGGGUCCUUCAAACGGAUGCUGGUGCCGAUUCUUUUACCUGAGAAAUGCUACGACCAAAUUUUCGUCCAGUGGGACUUGCUUCACGUCCCGUGCCUCAAGAUUCUCCUCAGCAAAGGCCUGGGGCUGGGCAUUGUAGCUGGGUCACUUCUGGUGAAACUGCCCCAAGUGUUUAAAAUCCUUGGAGCCAAGAGUGCUGAAGGGCUGAGCCUCCAGUCGGUAAUGCUGGAACUAAUGGCAUUGACUGGGACCAUGGUCUACAGCAUCAUCAACAACUUCCCCUUCAGUUCUUGGGGUGAAGCCCUGUUCCUGGUGCUCCAGACAGUUACCAUCUGCUUCCUGGUCCUGCACUACAGAGGACAGACUGUGAAAGGUGUUGCUUUCCUAGCGUGCUAUGCCCUGGUCCUGCUGUUGCUGCUUUCACCACUGACACCCCUGACUGUAGUCACCCUGCUCCAGGCCUCCAGUGUGCCUGCUGUAGUGGUGGGGAAGCUGGUCCAGGCAGCCACCAACUACCAGAAUGGGCACACGGGUCAGCUCUCAGCCAUCACAGUCUUUUUGCUCUUUGGGGGCUCUCUGGCCCGAAUCUUCACCUCCAUUCAGGAAACUGGAGACCCCCUCAUGGCUGGAACCUUUGUGGUCUCUUCUCUUUGCAAUGGCCUCAUCACUGCCCAGCUUCUCUUCUACUGGAAUGCAAAGGAAAAGAAGCAGUAGGGCUGAGCUGGCGACUGGAGUCCAUUCCAUGUUUCUUUUCAUCCACCCAACCUCAGGGUCUUUCCCAUCUAAGCUAGUCUGCUAGUGUGGUUUUUAAUCAUUCCCAUUCCUCUUGAGCCGGGGAUUGUUUGGACCCAAAUCCUUAUAAAGGAUGGGAGUAGAGAUUUUCAGGCUGACAUUUUGACACUUACUGUGUGCUGUCCUGUGUAUGCACUGUUAACUCAUUUAAUCAUUUGGCUGAGAUUCAUCCUUUAGCAAUUCCCAGCUACUCACCUACUGUGGGCAAAAGUCUUGCCCUGUCCCCCUGCUCCCCACUUCCCUUCUGGCACUAGAAUACCAAAGCCUAUACAGUGGGAAGGACUAGGGACUGAUGCCUGACCUCUGCCAGGCUGGCUGAGACUGUCUCCUGGACCCCAGUGCUGGGUGGGGGAAGGAAGACAGAAUGACUCAGGUAAGGCCCCAGGGUGGGGUGAGGAAGUUCCUGCUCUGGCAGGUCCAGGCGGAAGGGAGUGGAGACUGCUGGUUCCUGCUGCAGUGAGGGGGAAUAGAGAUGGGGUAAUAAAGACUCAGAGACAUGGUUUAAUUAUACAAAACUGUGUUCACCCUAAAAAUAUAUAUAUAAAUGUU